GUUGCGCCAUCGAAACGAUGCUGGUUCCCAAUAACAGUAACACGAACUCUGUGCCCGGAGGAGUUCCUCUCUCCGUGAACUUCGACAAUCCUGGGGAUUAUCUCGUGUUCAUCUUUCAGAUUCUUUUCGCUACAAGCACCGUUCUCGUGGCCGGAUCUGUGGCAAUAACCAUCUGGGCCAACGGGGCGCUGCGCCUUCAGAACAGGUUCAUUUUCAUGCUCAACACCAGUGUUUGUGACACGCUCAUCGGCGUCUCCGUGUUUUACAUUGGCCUGUUUGACGUUCAGGAAACAUAUCCGUCACGGAAUGGAACGUAUAACAUGCUGCACUCUCUGCUUGGUGUGAACAUAUUGGCGGUUUUAUUUGCACAGUUUGACCGCUACUUUGCGGUUUGUCACCCUUUCAUCUACACGCGCUUCAUAACCCGCAGAGUCGUCAUCUCUGCAAACGUUUACUGUUGGCUUUAUUCCUACUUUACUGCGAUCAUUUCGAAUUUCAUGCCGCUUUCCCAAGCAAUACAGAUGUAUGUUUACGGUAUUGUAACCUUGCAACUCAUCGUGUUCACCAAAGUGGUCAUGACUAUUAAACUGUAUGUUGUUGCCAGAUACCAGCUUGAAAGAGAACCCCCCAGUGCCGAGAGAGAAAGCAAUAAGGAGUCAUUAAGAAUCAUCAUUUUUGUGGUUAUCAGUUUCUUGGUGCUGUGGUGCCCCUCGUUUGUUAACAUCGUGCUCAGACUCUUGCUGGGAAAAGGACUGGGCUUCAGGAACGACGCCACCAACGCGUUUGGCUCCUUGGCCCGUCUGAACGCUCUGUGCACCCCGUCGGUUUACCUGUGGGGCAGUCCAGCUCUGAGGAGGGCCACGGUCCGGACGGUGUGGGCCAGGGUGUGUCCGAGGUGCAAGACAAGCGUUUCACAGUCGGGUGCAGUGAACAAGAAAAGCAACGGAGGCCAGAUGAAGAUUCACCCGCCGUGA